AUGUUAUCUUUGAUAGCAUACCGUCUCUAUGACGAGGCUAAUCCCUGGGAGGUCUCUGGAUCCUACCGUACAAAGGAUGGCCGUGGCCAAAUCUCUGGCAAGUGGUCUUCAAACUACUACUAUGAUGAUGAAAAUGGUUACGAUAUCGGCGUAGGCUAUAAGUCACCAAGUGGUGAUUGGUCCGUUAGUGGCCACUAUGGCUCUGGUGGCUAUGGUAUCCAGGGUCAAAUCCGUUUCGCUGAUUAUGAAGAAAACGAUUAUGAGUAUGAUGAUGCUAACCCAUGGGAAGUCUCUGGCUCAUACACAACAAAGGAUGGCCGUGGUCAGAUCUCUGGCAAGUGGUCCUCAAAUUACUACUAUGAUGAUGAAAAUGGUUACGAUCUUGGUGUUGGUUACACAUCUCCAUCCGGUGAUUGGUCCAUCAGUGGUCACUACGGUUCUAGUGGCUAUGGCAUCCAGGGUCAAAUCCGUUUCGCUGAUUAUGAAGAAAACGAUUACGAAUAUGAUGAUGCUAACCCAUGGGAAGUCUCUGGCUCAUACACAACAAAGGAUGGCCGUGGCCAAAUCUCUGGCAGAUGGUCCUCCAAUGAUUACGAUUACGAUAAUGAUUGGGAAAUCUCCGGUUCAUACACAACAAAGGAUGGCCGCGGUCAGAUCUCUGGCAGAUGGUCCUCCAACGAGUACGAAUAUGAUGAUGCUAACCCAUGGGAACUCUCUGGCUCAUACACAACAGAAGAUGGCAAGAAGUACGGAAUUAAGCGAUUCCUCGAUGGCACAUGGAAGUACACUUUACCAGAUUCAUCAGUAGAAGAAAGUAAUGGACUCUUCCCUGCACACCAAAUUGAACUCAUCGAGGCCCUCCAACACAUUGGUAAAAAAUAUCGUGAUGCCAAUCCAUGGGAAGUCUCCGGAUCCUACACAACAAAGGAUGGCCGUGGUCAAAUCUCUGGAAAGUGGUCUUCCAAUGAUUACGAGUAUGAUGAUGCCAAUCCAUGGGAAGUCUCCGGUUCCUACACAACAAAGGAUGGCCGUGGUCAAAUCUCUGGAAAGUGGUCUUCCAAUGAUUACGAGUAUGAUGAUGCCAAUCCAUGGGAAGUCUCCGGUUCCUAUACAACAAAGGAUGGCCGUGGAAAGAUUUCUGGCAAGUACUCACACAAAUGA